CAGAUAGAUUUGAGAACAAUAUAUAUCAACAUUUUAAUACAAGAGUACUUGAUUAAGUGUUUUUAUUCUUGCAUUAUAUAUCGAGGGGUCUAAAACAACACUAGUACCUUUUUCACUGUUUGGAAAUUACAGUAAAAUAGAAUUCAAUUCGUAGAACGAUAAUCAAAUUAACCGACACCAACAAAAAAUCAAAAUAUUAACAUGAAUGGAAUCUCUGUCGAUAUCAAUCACUUAAAGAAAGGUGAAGUCAAUUUGGGUACUUCCAUUAUGGCGGUAAAGUUCAAGGAUGGUGUUAUAUUGGGAGCUGACUCUCGUACAACCACCGGGUCAUACAUUGCCAAUAGAGUUACAGAUAAGCUUACUCAAAUUCAUGAUACGAUAUACUGUUGUCGUUCAGGAUCGGCAGCUGAUACUCAAGCAGUUGCCGAUAUGGUCAAAUAUUACUUGCAAAUGUAUGCUUCACAAUUACCAUAUGGAGAGAAGCCAAGCACAAAGAUGGCUGCUAGUAUCUUUCAAGAAAUGUGUUACAAUAACAAGGAUAAUUUAUCUGCUGGUAUUAUUUGUGCUGGGUAUGAUAAACAAAAUGGAGGUUCAGUAUUUCUGAUUCCAAUUGGUGGUUCCAUACAUGAACAAGAAUAUGCCAUUGCUGGGUCUGGUUCUACAUUUAUCUACGGUUGGUGUAACGAAAAUUUCAAGCCAAUGAUGGAAAAGGAUGACUGUAUUGGAUUUAUUAAGACUGCUUUGGCCGAGGCAAUCAAAUGGGAUGGCUCCUCUGGUGGUGUUAUAAGAAUGGUUAUAUUGACUGAAAAGGGUGUCGAAAGAUUAAUUUUCUACCCUGAAGAUUACCAGAAAUAAAUUUACUAAAUUACAUAUCAAUACAAAUAGAAUCGUUAAUUAAAUGUAAGAAA